GAUGUUUGUCAGGUAGAAGCUUUCAGUGUGAGGAGACGUCUUCAUACAGAGACACCGACUGAUCAAAGCUCCAGAAGGUGAGAUGGACUUCUCUACAAAAACCCUGGCAAAGGGUUGCUUUGGCAAAGUGUAUAAACAAAAGUAUGGAGACGCCUGGGCAGCGCUGAAGAAAGUGCCUGUGAGCAUCAUCACUCGGGACCAACUGUCCAGAGAGUGCCGUGUUUAUGAGAAAGCAAAACACAAAAAUGUGGUGAAGCUCCUUGGGAAUCCAUGGCUGGAAGACGGAAAGUGGCACAUUCCUCUAGAGUUCGUCUUUGGAGAGGAUCUCGAGACAGCCAUAUUUAAUGUCCAGAAAUCUAAACUACACCUGACUCCAUCAGUGAAGACCACCAUCAUCACUGGGAUGUGUGAAGGCCUGAACUUCCUGCACACCAAAGACAUUGUGCACCAGGACCUCAAACCAGACAACAUCAUGAUUGAGCAUGGAUCUCAUCGCGCUGUGAUCAUUGACAUGGGCCUGGCAAAAUUCUUCAAAAAUGGCUUAAGCUCUGCUGUAAACUUGGGCAACGAGGCCUACGCUGCUCCUGAGAUCCUGCAAGGGAAUAUUCGAGACAAGCGUUCAGAUGUGUGGGCCAUGGGCAAAAUGAUUGCAGAACUUUGCGCAAGGGUCAGGCUUCCAACCUUUAGUGUGACUCCCAUUAAGAUUAAAGACACUCUGAAAGACAGUCCUUAUUGUAGCGUGGUGUCCAAGAUGGUGGUGACCAAUGCAACAGAAAGAGCUUCCAUACUUAGAGUUAUUGGAGAGAUCCGGCAAAUUGGGGCAAGUCACGAGGCAAAUCAGGGGGCCAAUGAUGGGGCAGGAGCAGGAGCAGGAGCAGGAAGACCACAUCUAGGCUUGGGUGCCCAAUUGGGUGCCUUGGGAAAAGGGGCUGUUGAUUUCACGGCAAAGCAAAAAUGGCGUCCCCCGACACCUUUCCCGCCAGAAGCGAAACACCCCGAAGUACCUAUUGAACAUAAACACCAGAGUCCAUCUCCACAACUUGAAGCUUUACUUCCUCAGAACCCAAAGGCACUGGCCAAUCAGUUCUUGCAGCUAUCCAUUCCUUGUACUUUGCCACCAGAUGGAACGGUGGUUCAUCGUCGUUAUGAUGACAAGACUGGCCAAAUGGAGAUGAAACAUAUAGUCGUGAAGAAUGGCAAGAUUGUUAAGUACGAGGACGUGAAAUUUACCAAAUGAAGUAUACAGGAAGUGGGAUAUAAAUGAUUUAAUCCACUCUCCAGAUUACUGGGUUGUGAUCUUGAGUUCUUAAGUACUAUAUACAGUACUUUGAACCUGUGAACACUUGGUACAUCUGGGGGGAAAAGACGGUGCUUUUGUAAAGUAAAGUGAAUAAUAUAAACAUCCCUUGAAAACACUGUGCAGAACAGAAACCCUGACAAAAGGGUGACACUAAAAUCACUGGAACGAGUAGAAAGGUUUCAUUAGAGAGUAAUGAGAAGAGAUAAAAGUGUGAUUAUCGUCACACGACACAGUAUGAUGUCACAAAAUACAUCAUGCACCAUCUGUCUUGUACCGUAUACACUCACCGGCCACUUUAAUAGGAACUUGUUCUUGAUUCUAAGAUUCCUGUUCUUGGCUACAGGAGUGGAACCCAAUGGGUUCUUCUGCUGUUGCAUGCUGAGAUGCAUUUCUGCUCAACACAGUUGUAAAGAGUUGCUAUGAGUUAGAGUCUCUUUCCUGGCAAAAAAGUUCAAAACAAUCUGGCCAUUUUCCUCUGACCUCUCUUAUCAACAAGGCGUUUGUUUCCACCCACAGAACUGUGGCUCAGUCACUCAGUGUUUUUUGUUUUCCACACCAUUCUGUUGUGUGUGAAAACCCCAAGAGAUCAGCAGUUUCUGAAAUGCUGAAACCAAAAAUACUCAUCUGGCUCAAACCAACGCCCAUGCCACAGUGAAAGAAAGUCACACUUCACUGUGAGAUCACACUUUUUCCCAUUCAAAUGUUUGAACUUUGUGAACAUUAACUGAAGCUCUUGAUUUGUAUCUGCGUGAUUUGAUGCAUUGUGAUGCUGUCAAGGGAUUGGCUGAUUGGAGAACUGCAAAAAACAACAGGUGUUCUAUUAGGGUCUUCCUAAUAUAGUGGCCAGUGAGUGGAUGUUUUCCAUAUUCACAAUUAUAUUUUUACAGGAAUAACUUAUAAUGUGGUGAAUGUACAGUAUAUGGUGAGUGUGUUUUGCUAAAUAUGGACUUUGUAAAUAUGGAAUGUUUCAUGUUCUAUAAAUUACAUACUUUUGUACAA